GCAAACGCAUCCCACGCCAAAUUCUCCCGAUCGAUUCCCCCUAGCACUCAACCAUUCUGCCAAAUCCGAGUUGCCGAUCGUUUUCCCAGCUCCUCUAAUCGAGUCGCAUUAAUUUUCCAGUCGCUUUCCGCCAAAACCUCGCUUUCUCGUCACCCGUCAUGGCUUCUCGAGUGUCCUGCAUCCCUGCGCUACUAAUGCUGGCAGUCUUAGGCCUCUCUCUCUCGGUCUCGGAGGCAGCGCGCCCGUACUGCCGUUUCGAUGGCAAGCAGGUGGUGAGCAACCUCGUGACGGAGCUCGCCAAGGCUGGAAACUACAGCACCCUGCUCGCCGCGCUCAAGACGACAGAUCUCGACGAUGACUUGCCCGCGCUCUUCAACUGCUACGAGGCGACGCUCUUCGCGCCGACGGACUCGGCGUUCGAGGAGCUGUCGAACGACACGAGGAAGGCGAUCAAGGACGCCAAGGUGCUGCGCGAGGUGGUGCUGCUGCACGUGGCGCAGAAGAAACUGACGGCUUCGGCUCUGGCGGCGCUGCCACAGGGGAAGCAGCUCAAGGCAGCAGCAGGCGCGUGCAAGGCUCGUCUGGUGAAGGUGUCAGCUCGCGGGGCCCAGCCAGUCGAAGUGGAGGCCAUGGGCGGCCCCCAGAGAGCUUCCAUUGUGGCGCCUGACGUCAUCUCGCUGCGAGUGGUGCAGGUGCAUGGGGUGGAUGACGUCAUCCUGCCCAAGAGCCUGCAGAAGGGGGAUGGGGAUUCCCUCAAGCCCGGCAAGUGCCUUGCGUGGCGCGCAUAGGCCAGGGCGGCAUUGGGUGGCACGCAUAGGGGAGGGCUGCACGAGCGGCACGGGAGAGGGCUCCAUGGGCGGCACAGGCGAAGGCUGCAUCCCGUGGCACGCAUAGGCAAGGGCUGCAUGGAUGGUACACUAGCAAUAGGGGAUUACUUGGGUGUGACUCGUGCCUGGGCAGUUUGGUAUACCGUACAGUGGUUGGUUGGGUUGGGACUUCCUGGCUGGCGAGGUGGAUUGGUCAUCAGGCAGCAUGGCAUCACGGCAAUGCUUCCUUAGUUGUCGGGCAGCGUAGCUACCGGUAAAUUUGUUGGGACAGCAUUGCCUUGAUGCUGUGCUUGUUUGUGGGGUGGAAAUAGGCAGGAGGCAUUGACAUGCAUUUGGGUUAUAUGUUGAGUGCUGGCUGGUAAUUUAUUUGACAUUGUGGACUCGAACCGGUUGACACAAUAGCUGGGCUGCUUAUGGUGAUAACGGUAGC